AUGGUUGCAGCAGGAGCUGUCGACCGGCACAAUGGUGGCACAUGGAAGCAGCGGCUGGCGACUGGCGAACCGCACCUGACCAUGGCUCAGUCAUGCCUGCUUCCACUUGUGAUGCUCCCCCCUUUUUCACACCAGCAGGCGCACGGGAGCAGCUGCAGCUGGCGAACAGCAACAGCUGGCGGCCUGUGCCUGCACCAGCAACACCCGGUUGCACACAGCAGCGACGGCAGUAGCGGAGGCGGACGGCUGCAGGCGCAUGGCAGCACCUGGCCUCCGUCAGCACCAGCAGCUCCUGGCAGGCGGCAGCAGCACCAGCAGUGUCUGACGCCCUCCACCAGCACUUGGCGAACUGCAGCACCAGCAGCUGUCGUCCUGCACGACCAGCAGCAGCUGCUCCAUGGUACCCUUGUAGCAUCGGCUGCCCGUGGACAGCAGCAGCUGGAGCACUUCAGCAAGUGUUGA